AUGGUAGACAUCAUCGCAAAUAACGUGAAGGAGUUUGAGAAGUCGCCAAGGGCUGAGAUGCUUGCUGUUUCUGGAGAACAUGUAUUUUCUGCAAGACAUCCGGUGUUUCCUGGAGAUGUGCGCAAUGAGCUCUACAUUAAAUUAUCAACGGGGGACUUCCCAUCUUCCUACAGUGGCUCCGCCCGACUCAGCAUGGUCAAAUUCACGCAUCCUGACCAGGUUUCAAAAAGUGCUCGAGUGUCGAUCGAAGUCCGUGAUCAAGAAGGUCGUACUAUCGAGAAUGCCAUCUCCCUGGGCAGCGGCGAACCCAGCGUGACCCGGUUCCAUUCAAUGGUCUUCAUGCGCAACAACCAGCCCACAUUCGGCGAGCUCAUCAAACUCCAACUUCUGCUUGGUAUUAUUCCCAACUGGCAUCUAUUCUUUACAUCCCGAAAUCGCUCUGGACGAGGGCUCAACGCAGACCAGCCAUUCGUGUUUGUGUUCCGGCCACUCUUUCCUGGCCAAGGCGCAUUUUGGAGGAUGGGAGCCAUACUUUAGUAUGGUAC